GUCCCGGCGGGGGCGUGGCUCGGCCAGACCCAACUUUCCGUUUGUCGCGGGCCGUUAGGGGGCGCUGCCGGGCCGCGUCUGAGGCCUCGGGCCGGCCGGUGGCAGCGAGGCAAGCGGCGGGUGCGGGCGGCGCCGGCGGAGGAUGUGGGGCGGCGCCGGCGGGGAGAGGCGGCAGCAGCCCCAGCCCGGGCGCGGAGGGCUGAGCCCAGAUGGUCAGGAUCAUUCACUGCCUCCUGUCUCUUAUCAUAAAAAGAAGUUGGCAAAGAGACCAGGAUACAUGAGACCACAAGCUCCGCAACAGAUAAAAUUUCAGCCUCCUGCUCACUGCAAGCCAUUCAACCCAAAGGGGCUUGAACAUGGCAGAAAGCAUUGUGAAGACUUCAAGAACUGCUCUCUGCACAGACUCUGCAAAAAUGACUUUGAAUUCUUACAUUGUAAUUCAUCUGUAAACAGUACCAUAGUUACCACCACUGUGGUAACAACAUCGACCACGGCUGGAAAUAUGACAGGAAGCCUCAGAAAUCUGUCAGAUCUCAGGAUUCAGCCGUCAGAAAAUGUAGUUCUGCCAGUUUGUCCUGCAGCUGCCACAUGUAAAAGAGACUUCUCACCUGUGUGCAGUUCAAAUACAUGGCAGACUGAUCUACUAGCGACUACGUGGGAGACAAUCCACGGUGCUAGAGUAAAGGAGCCAAAGAAAAUGUACACUUUGGAUCAGAAGGAAGUGAAUAAUAACUGUGUAUAUAACAACAAAGAAGUCACUUCUUACUUAUCCAGUACUUGGGAUAGCUUUAAUUCAAGUUUCAGCUUCAUACAGCUCUCACUGAACUCAAGUUUUGAAAAAAGUGACACUGAAGGCCAGUCAGAUGGCAAGGCAAUGGAACACACUCUGGAAACAAAUGCAACAGGACAAAUAGAAAAUGUUAAUUUACAUGAACCAGGGGAGAGACUAAGAAGUUCACAUAAAGACGUAGGGGCUUCAUCUUGCAUUUGUAGGCAUGGUGAGGAUUAUCAGUGUGCAAGAGAGACCAUAGUGAAAGAUAAAUUGCAGGAUUGUGAGAUGGUAUCUCUUUUGGAUACAGAUGCAGCAUUUUCAUGUUCCACAGAUUCCUCAGAUGCAGCAUCUGCUGGUUCUUCUGUUACUUCAGGCUACGAAAGUAGCUUUACUGUUAGUGAUCACAACUGGGACACCCUGAUGAGGAAAUAUGAACCGGUGCUAUUGGACUGCUUGGUUGGGAACCGUAGUACAUUAAAGAUAAAAUCCUUAAUGUUAAGGCUUCAGAGGCUUCAAGACAAAGCAAUAGAGGAAGAUGACUAUGAUAAAGCUGAUAAAUUUAGAAGGAAACUAGAAGAACUGGAGCGAGAGAAGAAUUCUUUAAAAUUUCAGCUUCCUUCAAAGCAUCCUUCAAUUAUCAGCUUCUUGGACAGAUUCAGUGCACAAGUUCAAACAGCGUUGUACUGGGCUGGAGAUCGGGUUGGAAGUGAAGAAGCGCAGCUCUGGCAAAAAAACGAGCAAACGCUUUUGAGUCCUGCUUACCAAAAGAUGAUACAGGUUUCAACCACAAAAAGAAACCAGCUUCUUCAAGAAAAGCAAUGGUUACAGAAAGAAAUUGAAGACCUCAGAGCAAGGCUGGCUGUGCUAGAAGCAAAAGAUCAACAAUUAAGAGGAGAUAUUGAAGAGCAAGAUAGACUUAUUCAGUUGCAGGACUGCGAGUUGACUGCCUUGCUUAGCUGUGUAUCUUUGAGAGAGCUACAGGAAAUAAGCAAGGCCUUAGAGGACACUUUAGCAUCGUCAUAUCAAAUUCCAUUUAAUUUGGAUCUCCCUGAGACCAUCAAGAGCCUUCAGGAAAAAGAACAAUCACUAAGCAUGUCCAUUAAAGAAACGACUGCCAAAGUUUGUGCAAGUCAGAAACUAUGCAGUACUUUGAGGAGAAAAGUGAGUGAUAUUGAGACCCAACUACCAGCUUUACUUGAAGCCAAAAUGCUUGCUGUAUCAGGAAGUAAUUUCUGUACUGCUAAGGAUCUUGCAGAAGAAAUAAGAUCAUUAACAUCUGAGAGAGAAGGGCUGGAGGGACUUCUCAAUGAGCUGUUGGUGCUGAAUACCAGAAAUGUCCGAAAAUUAGAGAGAAUUAAAGAAGAUUACAACAGAUUGAAACAAGAACUGGAGCAGGGGGAGUCUGCCUUUGAGACAAACGUGAAGGAAGAUGCUGUGAAGUUCAUGGAGAUGCUGGAGGAUAAGCUGCAUAGCUGUGGGAACCAGCUGCUCGAAAGAGUGUGGGAAGCUGACUUGGAGGCCUGUCAGCUGUUGAUCCAAGGGUUUCAGCUGAAAGAAGCUGGUUGCUGUGUUUCAGAGGGAGAAGAGGGCCGAACAGAUGAGAUGGAUGCCGCUGAUGAUCACUGUUCGGACACAGCGAGAGGAAAAGAAAGCCACUUUCCAAAAGGCACAGAGCGGGGCGCUGUUCCAUGCCCCACUGCUCAAACCAAAUGCCGUGAACUCAAAGAGGACUUCCACUUAUUUUCUGCAGAACUGGGAGAAAAAUGUGAAGCAAUAAGUGAGAAACUGGUGCAAUUAGAAGAUCAACUCCAAACAUCAGUCUGCAGCUUGGAUGACGGUUUUAUUCAGUCUCUACAGAGGGAGAUCCAGAUGGUGAAGGAAACUCUGCAGGCCAUGCUGAUGCAGCUCCAGCCGGAUAAGGAGGCAGGAGAAGAUGAGGCUGGAACUUCCUCUGUGACAGCUGGUGUCCAGGAAAAAAAGACUUAAAGGAAUAAUAUUGAGGCGGUUUUGGUAUUUUAAUGUUAAUUCACAAAGGGUUGCUUUUAGUAACGGAAUACUGCCUUACCAAGCCUUGAGGAUCUCUUCUCUCCCUGCAUAACUAAUAACAACUAAAUCAAUUAUGGAGAAAUGGAGCCUGGAGGUUUAUCAACAGAAGUGUUCUACACAGCUUCACAUGUUCUGGCACAGACUGGAAAACAGCUUUCAGAGCAGAGCAUCUCCUGUAAUUGCGUAGAUUACAAAUUGAUACAUUUCAAGUGAUUCAGCAGAGUCUCCUUUAAUGUCAGAGUGAGAUUUUUCUAACUGUUAUAAACAACUUCCUUACUCGUGCAUUCUUCAAUCUUUUUCUCCUUCAACAUGUAACGUUAAAGGCAGUAUUCUUCAGUAUUGCUGAGAGACAGCUGAGGAAAUAAGUAAUUUUUUGUCUUUGUAACACCCACGUUAUUUUCAGAUUCCUACAAAAUAUAAGCCCACUAGGAUAGAAUUCAAAAUAACCAAAUUCUUCUAACUUAAAUUAGGACUGCACUUACCCAGUGGCAUUCAACAUAGCAGAGAAAAUUAACAUCAGACUAGAGAAUAAUAACUUUUCAACCAUUUUCAUUUUAUAGCAAAUACAUAUUAAUACUAAAAGCUCAGAACAUUUAAAGUGAUAACCUACUGAUUUGUGGUCUUUAUAUUUGAAUAAUGUAUGAGCAUUAAGUCAUUUUUCUUAAUACUAUGCUUACUUCUUUAACCUGCCCUGUAUUGUCAUAAAAAUGAAAGGUUUUUGGAUGUGUAUAUACAUACAUAUGUUUGAUAAAGUUAUAUCAUCUGUUUAAUCUCUUUAUUUCCUACAGGAAAAAAGAAAAGGAAUGGAACUAAAACCAGCUAAAUAUUGGUGAUUUACAAUGGUGCAGUAUUCAAACAAUUAGUAAAUUGUGUACUCAUAAAUCAAAACAUUCUUACUUGGAUGCUAAAAUAAACUGAGGUUAUCACAUUUUCAUUCGGAAUCCUAUUUCUACUAUUUGCUGCAGAGACUAAGGGGGGGAAAUUAAAAAUAAAUACAAAAAACAGCUCCUUAGAAACUCAAUUCAGUUUAAUUCAACCUUUAAAUCACUAGCUCAAGCCAAUUAUUCACAACAGUAGAUUGUACCUCUUUUAAAAAUGGACUUUUUAAAAAUAAUAAUUCAUGUUUGUGCCAUUAGAGUUGCUGGGUUUACAAAUAAAGCAUGACCAGGGCUGGCUCCAGGCACCAGCCGACCAAGCACGUGCUUGGGGUGGCACCUUGGGCCGGGGUGGUGCUCGGG